CGCACGCGCAUGCCUUUGGUCCGUUUGCGUCGUUUAGAUCGAACUGAGAACUGUGUGUCUGGUGUACGAGGGCUGUCUUUAUAAUCUUCUGGUGAAGAAGCUACUACAUAACACAAGUGAAACUGGCCGAGAAAACGAUUGAAUAAGAAGGUUUGAUGUGAUCUUGAGCGCAACUAGUAACCAAUAGGAAGUAGGGUUGAUCACUUGCAUAACAAAACAUUUUUUUUUGCUCAGUUUGUGUUUGCAAGGGAAAGACGUACUGUGUCAAUAUUAUUUGCCGGCGUGAACAGUGAAAAAGUGCUGCAACUAGACGCAAAGCAUUCGAUAGAAUUGCACAUGCAUAUUUAUGUGGCACUUGCAACGAUUGCUGUGAUUGGAAAAAAGGAACAAGUUCAAGUUUAAUUCGUCACUGUUUUACGUCAUAACAGCGACGGCAAGAAUCCAGCCAUUGGCGCAGCAUCCUCGAUCGUAGCAAACAUGAUACGAACGGACAUGAUGAUGGACCCGUCGAGCGGCCUCAAGAUCAAGCAGGAGAUCUCCACUCCGUCACCAUCACCAUCUCAGCAGCAUCACCUGCUGUCGAGUUACCAACAACACGUCAGCAAUCAACAGCAGCAGUACUUUUUGCAGCAAUCAGCGAUUGAGGUUCACCAUCACAAAAAUCAUCUACCGUCGUACGCGGCCGUUCACCAGCAGCAACACGGAGAUCAGUUAUCAAUGAAAAGAUCUGUCGAUCACCGCAAGGAACAAUCUUCUUCAUCGUCGGCGCUGCAACAACAACAUUCGUCGUCGGCAACGAAAUCCGAGACGGAUCAGCAACUGUCGCCAACACAGCAUCAACAACAAUCGGAUUACAAUCCCAACAUAAAACCGCCCUAUUCAUAUGUGGCUUUAAUUGCUAUGGCCAUCAAAGAGAGUCGUGAAAAGCGAUUGACCCUGUCCGAAAUUUACAAUUACAUAACUAAGAAGUUCCCUUAUUACGAGAAGAACAAAAAGGGAUGGCAGAACAGUAUCCGACACAAUCUAAGCCUGAACGAAUGCUUCGUCAAAAUCCCACGCGAAGGAAAUGCGACAGGCGAUCGUAAAGGAAACUAUUGGACCCUAGACCCCCAAUAUGAAGACAUGUUUGAGAAUGGAAAUUACAAGCGAAGACGUCGAAUGAAACGACCGUAUUCGAUGAGUAACAGAGCAGCGGCCGCAGCUGCCGCGGCCGCCGCUCUCAACAAGCCCCUCUUCAAUUCGGACGCAUUAAGUGGACAUAUUGGCCGUACAUUUUUCGCCCCCCCAGCUUAUUCUCCGGCCGCUUGUUGGACUGGGGCCCAUCAUCAGACGUCUUCACUCACUUAUACAUCCGCCCAUCAUAGCAAUUUCAACGCAUUGCAAGCACCGUUUAGGAAGUCAUCACUCCCGCCCCAGAUGCAGCCAUCUCUACAUCAGCCGCAUUUCGCUUAUCAGUCCAUGGCCAACUACCCGACCAUGUCUCACAGCAAUUUACUUAACGGCCAUCACCUGGCGGGAAAUUCAAGUUACGCUAGCGGAUCAAGUCCACUCGCUUACGCGGCCAACGGAUGUAGCAGCAACCGACAUCACCACCAACAACAGCAAUCCGUCAGUAGUAGUGCUGGUGGUAUUGAAACUAAUGAAGCGGGUAUGAGCCGUGAGACGUCGAUGACCGCCGUCGGUGUUUCCACCGCGUCUUCUUCCGCUGAUCUAUCCGGCAGCUUCCCCGUCGCGAACUCGUCGUCAUCAUCUUCAUCGUCCUCGUCGCAUUACCACUACCAUUCGUCUUGGAAUGAAGCCAAGAUCUAAAUACAUAGUACAGUUGUUAUACACACGUCAGUCACUAGCGCCAGAAAAGAAACUGAUCACAAUGAGAUGAAGAGAAGAGAAUAAGCAAACAAGAAAAGACGAAUUUCUUUCUAACUGUUUAACAUUUGGUGUUUUUAUUUCGCCUGUUUGUUUUUGUUUGUCAAAUUUCAAACAUGCACACACAAAAAAAAAAAAUUAUUAUAUAAGUACUGUAAUGCGAAUAUCUCGUUUUGUCUUGUUGGGAAUCUCACUACAUUACACAUUCAUCGUGCACAAA